AUGGUGACCUUAGCUUACAAGGACAAUAUGCGGUUAGCCCGCAAAGGGGGCAAGGUGGACCUUUCGACCCGUUUGUUCAGCUUCAUGACAAACGUUGCAGUGCUGGCGCUCUGGAAAGUCCUCUGGGCGCUCAGCUUGCCUAUAGGAAAGCUUAUUGCGCUGAAUUUAUGGCUUGGCAAGAGCCUCCUGACGCUCGCGAUACAUUUCGAGCACCAAGUCCUUAAGGCGAUAGGCUGGCUGUCUUCUCCGGCUCUGCCUCCGCAUGCAAAGCUUGCAAGGGUUUACAAGAGGAAUAUGGGUGCUGAUGUCAAGAACUGGCACCUGGGCAUCGCUACAAUUGUGGCAGUGGGUGUCGUCACCAGCGCAGCCAAAAAAUGGCAGGAGCGCAUGGACGCCCGCCACCGGCGACGCGCCUGCUUGCGGCGCCUGCUCGCGGCAGCAAGCAGCUACGAACAGUGGCGAGAGGUUGCACAGCAACUGUACGCUCUUGACGAAGCCCACAUGCCAGCCGGCGACGUCUCGACCCGCCGCGCAGCGCGGCUAUAUGACCGGAAUCUGCUGCUGGAGAAGACAAACCAUUUGCGAUGCAUACGCGCAACAGGGAACGUAAAGGAGAUUAUGCUGGCAUUGCGGACGGACCUAAUCCGCAACAUAGCCAACAUUGCGAAAAGCCAGCUCCAUGAGCACUUCGUGACGGUGCCGGAGGACAUCCGGCGUUACCUGGCGGAAAUGAAGGACCAGCUGCUGCAGCUGGUGGAUUGGUCGGAGGAUGAGUUGACGGCGGAGGAGAAGCUGGCGUUUUUUCGGGAGACUCGUCACACGUUUGGGCGCACAGCCCUGCUGCUAUCGGGGGGCGGCGGCCUGGGCACCUUCCACAUUGGGGUGGUGAAGGCGCUGUUUGAGCAGCGGCUGCUGCCGCGGGUGCUGGCGGGAAGCAGCGUCGGGUCCAUUGUGUGUGGCAUCAUCGCCACUCGCACGGACGCCGAGCUCCGCGACUUGUUCUCCCGUCUGGACGAGUUCGAUGUGGGGUUCUUCUCCAACAGCCGGGCGGUGGAGCUGGUGCAGCACCUCAUCAAUAAGGGCAGUCUGCAGGACAUGUCGUACAUGAUUAAGAAGCUGCGGUCCCUGAUUGGUGACGCAACCUUCCUCGAGGCGUACGAGCGGACGGGCCGCAUUCUGAACGUGACGGUGUGCCCCGCCGACACGAACGAGCCCCCCCGGCUGCUCAACUACCUGACGGCUCCCAACGCGAUCAUCUGGUCGGCAGUGGCGGCCUCGUCGGCCUUCCCCGGGCUCUACCCCGCACAGCACAUACUGGCCAGGAACAGCCGGGGGGAGAUUAUUAGGUUCUCGGCCCAGUCCACCAACGACUCGUUGGAGCGGCGCUGGAGGGAUGGCUCUUUGGAGCUGGACCUGCCGGUGCAGGCCCUAGGCGAGAUGUUCAACUGCAACCACUUUUUGGUAUCCCAGACCAACCCCCACAUCGUACCGCUUCUCAACUUGAAGAAGGCCUUCAGCCGCAAGUGGGCGAACGUGUUGGAGGCGGAGCUCAAGCACCGCUGCCAGGUGGCGCAGUGGCUGCUGCCCGAGUGGGUGCCGUCCAAGUGGCUGAUGCUCUUCACGCAGGCCUGGGAGGGCGACAUCACCAUGACGUUGCCCUCGGCGCUGUGGCAUAUUGGCAAGACCAUUGUCAACCCCACCACCGAGGAGCUCAUUCGCAGUGUCAAGGUGGGUGAGGUGGCGACCUGGGAGAAGCUGAGCGCCAUCGAGUGCAACUGCACCAUCGAGGCCACCCUUGACAAGUGUCUGGCGCACAUCACCAACCAGGUACGCGGCUACCGGAUAAAGCGGAUGCAGAACCGCAUUCCCUCGUGGCUGCACAUGUCGGCGGUGGGUCUGCCCGCCGUGGCAUCCUGGGGCGGAAGCGAGUUUGCGGAGGCGACUGGCGCGACGCGGAACGCAUCCUGGGGCUCGCCACACGCGGGCGAGGACGACGCGGCUGCGGCAGCCGCGGCGGCCGCCGCCGCUGGCGGCGGUGACGGCGCCGUGGCUGGAUCCCUCGGGGUUGGAGCUUUCGGAGGGGCGGCCGCCGAUUCCGCCGCGGAGGCGCUCUCGCCGCACACUGGCGGAGGCGGUGGCGGUGGCGGCUCGUCGUUGCGGCGCGCGUCGCCGUCGACGCACCCACUGGCGGUUGCGUCCUCGAUGACGUCAUCCACUCUGGCGUUACUCAACAUGGGUGGCGCUGCAGCCGCCGCCGCGAGCAGCAGUACGGGCAUGCAGGCGCCGGCGUCGCCGCCGGUGCGUGGCGGCGGCGGCCCCAGCGGGCUGUUUUCCCUGGGGAGCAGCGGCAGCCCGGUGCGUGGCCGCGGAAGCGCAUCGUCGUACAGCCUCGUGGGCAUGAUGAACGACCGCCAAACGGGCCGCCAGCGGAAAAGCGAUGGCGGCGGCAACCACCUUGCCGUACCCGGCGGCAGCUCUCCAACGGCGGUGUCCUUGCCGGUGCUGUCGUUGCCCAUCGGCGGCGCCAGCGGCGGAAGUUUUGCGAUGGGACUUGGGCUCGGCGGGAUGGCCGCUGCGACGGCAGGUGCGGUGGCGACGGGCGUGCCGAUGGGGCCGACGGGGAGUGGCUAUGUGGUCGACGCCGCCAGCGGCAUUGCAACGCGGCUCCCUUCCUCACCGCCUCUGCGGUACAGCAUGAUGACGGGCUUUGCUGGCGUUGGCGCUGCGGGUCACCACCACCUCAACCACCACCACCGCGGGCCUGGUAUCGGCGGCGGCGUCAGCGUUCCCCCGUCACUGCCCACGUGGGUGGAUGCCGCGUCAGAGUGCGAGGAUAGCGCAUCGGACGCUGCCGCCGCCACCGGCAGCGGCGCCGCCAGCAGCUCUGCCGCCGCAACGUCUGGAAGCGCCGCCGAAGGCAGCGCCGCCGAAGGCGCCGCCGGCGCCGCCGGCAGCGGCAGCGGCGUUCACCUUAGCAAGGAGCUCCUUGACCUGGCCUAUUGCGACUGUACGGACAGCUCCGCGUGCGAUUUGUGGUCGGCGCUACUGCCGCUGGCUCGGCGCAGCGUCAGUCUGGGGGAGGUUACUCCCCCGUUGCUCGGUCACCAGCAGCGGCAGCACGGCCAUCACCAUGGCGGUGGCGGCGCCGCCGUCGGCGGUACCGGCAGCGGCAGCUGCGCGCAGGGACCCGGGGCGGACGGCGACUCCUUGGACGUGUUUGCGUAUUGA